GAUCAUGCAACAGACGAAUGGAUUAAUGCCGACUCGGCCUCUUCCUGCAAUGCAUGCAUUUCACUUUUACAAAUGCUCAAGAAUCUUUCUUUUGUUUCCGAAAAGUUAAUGGUAUCAAGUCUUAUAAAUGCCUGCGUUCGGACAAAAAAAGUUCAUCCAGACGUUUGCAAAGGUGCAAUCGAAGAACAAGCCCCAAUUCUACGACAGGUGCUAAAGACUAUGGACAUUUCUGGUCGAGAUGGUCGUUUAAUGUGUGCCGCAGUGGUAAAUUCAUGCCCAUACCCAGCUGUUGAACCUUACAACGUCAUAUUCCCGAAACCAAAACCGAAAAUGUCAUUUCAGAAGCCAUCGGUUGGCAAGACCUUUACUGUCUUACAACUUAGCGAUUGGCACAUUGACCCGGAGUAUGAAGCUGGGUCAGAAGUAGCAUGCGAUAAGCCAAUUUGCUGUAGGUCUUCUUCAACAGAUUACAACAACAUUACAGUACCAGCUUCAAAAUGGGGUGCCUACAAUUGUGAUGCCCCUUAUGCAUUGAUUGAGUCAAUGUUAGAUUUUAUCCCAACCAUUGCACCAAAUAUCGAAUUUGGUAUAUUGACUGGUGAUGUACCACCUCACGAAGUUUGGUCAACUUUACCAAUUCUUAAGACAAGACUUAUCCAAGAUGCCUCGUUCACAAUGCUUCAUAACCAUUUCGACUCUCCAUUUCAUAUUAAUACUGUACUUUACCCAGCUGUUGGAAACCAUGAGGCAGCACCUACAAACAUAUUUCCUUUAAAGUCAUCUAGCCUUCCAAAAGAGCCUGGAAAGAAAUAUCUAGAUCUCCAAUGGCUUUACAAAAGUUUAUCAAAAAGCUGGCGUGGCUGGCUGUCUUAUGGCACAAACACAGAGGUGGAGAAUAAUAGUGCAAAUUAUGCUGUUAGGCCGAUAAAUGGAUUGAAAUUGAUCAGUUUGAAUACAAACUUUUGCUAUACUCUUAAUUGGUGGCUCUAUGAGCAUCCCAUUGAAAGGGAUCCAAAUGGAGUUUUGGCUUGGCUGGUCGACCAAUUGCAAGAUUCUGAAGAUCAGAAUGAGCGUGUAUGGAUUAUUGGACAUGUUGCCCCAGGAGAUAUAACAUGCUUCCAUGAUUACUCCAACUAUUACCAUCAAAUUAUUGAAAGAUAUGCACCACAUGUAAUUGCUGGCCAGUUCUUUGGGCAUACGCACAUGGAUGAGCUGCAAUUAUUUUACAAAAACAGUCAAAAGAAUGCUAGUGAGGCAAUUUCAGUUGCAUAUGUAGCACCUUCAAUCACACCGUACGAGGAUGUUAACCCUGGAUUCAGAAUAUACACAAUUGAUUCAGAAACGUUUGAGGUUGUUGAUUCAAUUACAUAUGUUGCUGACCUUGAUAAAGCUGACACAUGGGAGGAUGGGCCAAAUUGGCAUAUUGAAUAUUCUGCAAGAGAAGCAUACAACUCUGCCAUCGCACCACUAAAUUCUAUUUCAGAACCUCUUUCCCCUGCGUGGUGGCAUAAUGUCACUGUGGCAAUGGAGUCCGACGCAAACACAUUUGAUCAAUACUGGAACUAUAGAACGAAGUCUGCACCAGAGGUACCAGAGUGUGGCGAAGAUUGUCGCGCAAGUACGAUCUGCAAUAUCCGUGCAGGGAAAUCAGAGCUUCGUUGC